CUGUUCCUGUGUCCUCUGUGUGGAGAAAGCGCCGCGUGUAGCGUGAAGCGUCUCGACGGGCAGCAGAGCGAGCGCCGACCCGUGAGACGUCCGCAGACCUCCGGCCCGGCGGCUCGGGGCAUGCAGCGGCCCAGCCGUACGCCAAGAUGGCGCCUCCCGCGCACUUCCGCCCGCGCUCCGGAUCCUCUGCGCCGCCCGCGCCGGCGUCUCGAUUGGCCCCCGCGGCGUCCAGUCGCCGCGUCGCGCUGCGGACCGGUCGGAGCGACGCCGCUCGGGUCAGUCGGCGCCUGGACGGGGAAGAUGGACGCAGCUACUCUGACCUACGACACUCUCCGGUUUGCUGAGUUUGAAGAUUUCCCUGAGACUUCAGAGCCUGUUUGGAUACUGGGUAGAAAAUACAGCAUUUUCACAGAAAAGGACGAGCUCUUGUCUGACGUGGCAUCUAGACUUUGGUUUACAUACAGGAAAAACUUUCCGGCCAUUGGGGGGACAGGCCCCACCUCGGACACGGGCUGGGGCUGCAUGCUGCGCUGUGGACAGAUGAUCUUCGCCCAGGCCUUGGUGUGCCGGCACUUGGGGCGUGAUUGGAGGUGGACACAGCGGAAAAGGCAGCCAGACAGCUACUUCAGCGUCCUCAGUGCUUUCCUUGACAGGAAGGACAGUUACUACUCCAUCCACCAGAUAGCACAAAUGGGAGUUGGUGAAGGCAAGUCAAUUGGCCAGUGGUACGGGCCAAACACCGUCGCUCAAGUCCUCAAGAAGCUUGCUGUCUUUGACACAUGGAGCUCCCUGGCAGUCCAUAUAGCGAUGGACAACACUGUGGUGAUGGAGGAGAUCAGAAGGUUAUGCAGGACCAGCCUUCCAUGUGGCACGGCCACAGCGUCUUCUGCAGCUCCCGACCGGCACUGUAAUGGGUUCCCUGCUGGAGCCGAGGUCACCACUAGGCUGUCACCCUGGAGACCCCUGGUACUUCUCAUCCCCCUGCGCCUGGGGCUCACGGACAUCAACGCCGCCUAUGUGGAGACACUGAAGCGCUGCUUCCGGAUGCCCCAGUCCCUGGGGGUGAUUGGAGGGAAACCCAACAGUGCCCACUACUUCAUCGGCUAUGUUGGUGAGGAGCUUAUCUACCUGGACCCCCACACAACACAGCCGGCGGUAGAGGCCACAGACAGCUGCCUUGUCCCAGACGAGAGUUUCCAUUGCCAGCACCCUCCAUGCAGGAUGAGCAUCGGGGAACUCGACCCGUCCAUUGCUGUGGGGUUUUUCUGUAAGACUGAGGACGACUUCAAUGACUGGUGCCAGCAAGUCAAAAAGCUAUCACUGCUUGGAGGCGCCCUGCCCAUGUUUGAGCUGGUGGAGCAGCCACCUUCCCAUCUGGCCUGUCCUGACGUCCUAAACCUGUCCCUAGAUUCUUCUGAUGUAGAGCGACUGGAAAGAUUCUUCGACUCAGAAGAUGAAGACUUUGAGAUCUUGUCCCUUUGAAAUCUGGGGGUUGGGGGGUAGCCUCCGCUGGCCCUUGCUGGUGCCACUGCAUUUCAUCCAUCCAGCCUGCUGAGUGCUGUGCACCCCGUGCUCCACCCAGGGGCUGCCACACUCUGCUCAUGGAUUGAUGCCUGGAGUCAGACUGCCCAGCCCGGUCCUUGCCAGGGUCUCACAUCCACAGGAAGAGCCGUAAACCAGGAGCUUCCAGAGUUCACCUCCGGACACUGCCAGCCUUGCCUUAGCACAUCGGCUUCAGUCCCACUUCCUCCUAGGCGGCAGCUCUGUGGUUUGUUUGGAAUUAAAGUCCUGUUUGAAAGGCACAGCACAGACAUGGAUUUCUGGGCACCUCCCAAGUCAGCCUCAGAAGACCUGCAGGUUGGUGUAUGAGGAGUGAUGGCCACUGUGGCCUCGAGCUGUGGACUGGGCUGCUCAUGCCGGGUCAGGUGAGCUCAUGGCCAUGUCCCCUCUGCCCCAUGUGGUUUUUCAAGGGCUACCUCAGUAGGAGAACAGGUGGAAGGAAUGGCAGCAGGCUCUCCCCUGCUCAGGGGAGAUAAGCAUCGGAGGGUGAGGCCUAUGGGAAUCCAAAGACAUCCCUGCACAGGAUGCAGUGUGGAUGGCCUGGGUUGAGGGCAGCAGGUUGCCCAGGGUGUCUGGAGCAACAGUCCUCGGAAGGUCCGUGUCAGGGCACAGCCUUUUCUCCUUCAAGGGGUGUGGCAUCUCAAGAUGCACCAUUUGCUGCCGCUUGCUUAUCACACCAGCUUCCCCAGUGACGGGCAAGGACAGGGAGGUCCCCUUCCUAUAAUACUCGGCCUGGGAGUGAGCUGGGGCAUGCUCCGCCUUCAAGCCUUUCUGUUUUCGCCUUGCUCAGAAUUGCCUAUGUGGGUCAGAGGCUUUAGAUGGUUGGGGCCCAACAGGUCAGACCCCAGCAUUGUGGUGUAUGAAGGCCACACAGCAGGGCUAGGCACAGCUGGCAGUCUCCAGACCCCUCUCACCAUUACUUUCAGCACCUAACAGCUUUAAUUUAGCCCCAGUGUCCUGGGCCUCAGGUGUGCCAUUGCCACCUUAGUCUGCUGUCCUGUCACUAGAUGUAGCAAGAGGGUUUGGGGAGCUUGCUGGUGACGGCUGCAGGGACCUUUCUUACAAGCACGUGGCUCAGAAUUGGCUUCUGUUUGGGCAGACUGGGGGCCAAGCCACACUGACCACUAGCAAAGAGCACCUCCAGCCCCCAAGUGUUGAUGACAUAAUUUAUUUCCUUAUUCCUUUUUUCUUCCCUCCCCCCCCCCUCCAAGAUGUAGUUGGGUGGAAAGGAGGGAGGCUAGACACUAUAUUCCUGGAGAGCUCCACAUCCCGCUAGGGACAGAGGAAGUUGGGCUGCAGUGGAAGUAAGUGGACACCUUGACCAAAGGGGAGCUCUGUCUUGUGUGUUUUGAAAAAGGCUUACUAAAGAGAAUGUCCAUUCUUAGUAUAGUUUGCAGUUCUUAAUGGUAAAUAAUAACAAUUUCAGUAGAAAACA